AGCUAUACAGUUAAAGCACAAUUAUAGUGAAUGUUCCCUAUCACUCUACAUACUUCCAUAAUGCAGUAGCUAAUUCAAUCUGAUAAGAAAAAGGUAGAAGACACUCAACACGGCACAAGAUUCCAUGGGACAGUCCAAAUCGUAGGAGCCAUCUCUUUCCAUCCUUCAAGAAAAGAAGCACCAACCGACUAAAGCUAUUCAUAAACCAUGUCACAAUGAAAGGCUUCCAAAAGAUAAUGCUAACAUGUAAGUCCUUUUAGGAUAUCCAGGCUCAGAAUUAUGCGGAGGACCACAACAGGUUAUCUCAGGAACCAACUCUGAAUCAACUUUGUCUUAAACAAAAAAAGGAUGACCAGUAGGUUGACAACAACAUCCAGCCUAAAUUUCCUUUAUGAAUGAUGACUGCGCUCUACUAUGAAUCUCUGACAGGAAUCUAAUUAGUUCAUAGAAUCUAAUCUGGUAGCAGGGUGAGGUGUCCUCAGCCUGACAGAUGAUUGGCCUUUAUAUUAUCAGGAACAAAAAGUUUGAAGUUCAAAUAUUACAGGAACAGGAAUCCAUGAGUGAAGAAAACUGAAACUUGAAAAAGGGCCGGAAAAAAACUGUUAACCAAGAAAAGUACAAGGUGGCAUGGUGGGUCGAUUUGCACGGGAAAGCGUACUCUUUCUCAGAAUUCAGCAAAGGGACAAACUUUGCAUUUCGUGAGGCCCCCCAUAUUCCCACAGCACCAGCAGCCCCGUCCCCUCUAGCCACUAACCGAUGCCAAAAUUUUUUAAUGCCAGGAAAAGGCCAGCAAAUGAGGCUCACACCCAACUAACUCUGUCUCAAAUCUCUGACCUCAGAACAUGCACCAAUACCUCACCAUCAAUAAAUACCCUCCUCCACCCCUCCCCACCACUGCCCCUCACAACCAUAAUAACCUCCCUACAAAUAGCCUUCAGUCCAAGGAAUCAAGACACAUACAAAGCAGCAGCAGCAGCAGCAAGCAAGCAAUGGAGAUAGAGUCGGUCAAGUGCGAGUGCUGUGGCCUGAGGGAGGACUGCACCCUGGACUACAUUGCCAGCGUGAGAGCAGGCUUCCAUGGCCAAUGGCUGUGUGGGCUGUGCUGUGAGGCCGUCAGAGAUGAGGCAUGCAGGAAGAAGGUUCACCCAGGAGUAGAGGAGGCUGUGAGGGCUCACAUGGCAUUCUGCAAGAUGUUCAAGUCGAACCCUGCUGUCCGCGUGGCUGAUGGCAUGCGCCAGAUGCUCCGUAGGCGGUCUGGUGAUAUGUCAAAGCCGGAAUCAGCCAAGAAGUACAGCACCUCGCAGGUUGGAGACGAAUCAUCAGUGACACUGUAUUGAAGAGUUCAUCCAUCCUAAGACUUGUAGACCGUCUAGCCCUCUUCUCAAGCUGAAUCCCUUGCACCUUUUGUCAGUUUGCUGUAUGUUCUUAUCAUGUUUGGAAUGUACAUAAUAUUCAUGCACAUAGAAGCUAGUAAUGUCUGUCUUUUUGAUGAA